UUCAACUCUACGCACGUCUAUUUGACAAUUGUACUGACACCUUGCAGCAGCAUGCAGUGAUAACUAUAUGACUAAUCCAUAUCUUCUUUCAUUUUGAACUUUUGACAGAUGCUUCUGGACUUUUAAAAACAAAAACAAUUAUAACUGAAAAUCAAUUGUAAUCAAAUAAAAAAUGUGUUUGAAAUGUAACCUUUUAAAGCAAAUCGAGAAGUUGUUCAUUAUUUGACAUACUUUUGAAGUUUUAGAAAACAUUUAUAAGCUUUAUAUUGUAAACGAUCAAAAACAGUAUCGAAUAAAAGUACCAACCAAACAGGUAUCAACAAUUAGAACGUAGAACCAUCAUACUGAAAAAACUUGUUUUUCAUUCUGCUGAAACAUACAUAGUUCUCGUACAUACAGUUUUGUUUUCAAAUUGUUGUCAGCUGAAACAUAUUUUCCUAAAGUUUAAUUGUUUGAUUUAUCAGCAAAUUUACCAAAAUACUCAAUCUACGUGCAUCUAUUUGUUGAGACUAGAACAUUUUUAAAGGACACCCUGAUUUCUAUCAUAUUUUUUAAAAAUUUCGUGUUUUUCACCUGAUUAGAAUUUAUUUUCACGUAAAUCUAGAUUUUGUCUUUUUUUGCAGGUGGAUGGCGUGGAUGUUCCACUUAACAUAAGCUUCACUAUCUUUCGUUUUAGAUUUUUUUUGGGUUUGAACCGUCUGUUUUUGUUCCAGAUCCCUUAUAGAUAUCUUUGAUUACCAAGCAUUGUGAAGUUUUAGAGGAUCUAAUCUUGAUAUGCUCCUUCAAUUCAAAUCACUUUUCCCUUCAUUUUUCUCUAUUCAAACAACCUAUUUUUCUCUCUAAUUCUCUCACUCAACUAUAUUUCUUAUCAGCUUAUCAGUGUCACCUUGACAACCGCCUCUUCUCUGCUCACCGCCAGACAAAGAGCAAUUCAUCGGAUGUAUGGCUAAAAAUAUAAUUGUUUCUGUAAUAUGGCAGUUAUUUUGGUUUUCUAUUCUAUUUCCUAUUCUUCAUGUCGGAAUAUUGGCUGUUAGAGGAGUUGUACCCAAACUUGGAUACGAUGAACGACUUUUUCCAAAGAAACUUUUGACGAACGACCAGGCAUUAAACCAGCAUCGGAUUAAAAUUGCAGAUGGAAUUUUCAAAAAUUUUACAAAAUUGACAGCAACCCCCACAAGUGUAGAGAUUCGAGUUGUUGCUUCAGAUCGUGGAAAUAAUUUUCUUUAUCAGACAGUCAUAUUCUUACUAGAACAGCAAUAUGGAACGUUCAAUUAUAGUCUCAGUAUUUGCAAUGUGGAAUCUAAAAUAUUCUCGGAUCUUCUAAAAUUUAAUUCGAUAGAAAUUCCUGUAUAUACUGUGGGCGAAAGGAAUGCAAAUUCUCAAAAAGUACUGAAUUCAACUCUAAACAAGGAAAAUGAAGAUUACUGGAAGUGCCUCGGAGCUGAAACACAGUCAAGGUAUCUAUUAUUAAUUGAAGAUGAUUCAAUAAUAAUUCCACAAUUCUCAAAGCUUCUACAAUCGCUUGUGAUAAAAUUAGAUUAUCAUGAAAGCAUAGAUUUUGUGAAGUUGUAUCAUCCGAAUUAUCUACGAAAACUUCCAUCUUAUGUUUUGAUGGGUGCCUUAUCGAUUCUAAUUUCAUUUUUAUCAUGUUCAGCAAUCAAAUCACUUUUCAAAUCUUAUCCAAUUUUAACAUUCCUAAUUCUUUCCAUUGCCUGCUUCCUCGAUCUCCGAACCCAUGGAUGCCAGUUCCCAGCCGAUUUUCGCUUCUACUUAACCGGUUCUGCAUACAUAUCAUAUCCCGAAUCAUGUUGUACACCUGCUGUGAUUUUUAGACAAUCUUCCAUUUCUAAUAUGCAAAAUUAUUUUAGAAGAACCGUCGCUUUCAAUGGUCAUGCAAAGGAUCAUAUUCUAGAUGAAUCUCCAUUCACGGGUCGACAAUCAGAUAUCAACUACGUAACUCAUAUCGGAUCAUUCAGCUCUGUUCGUCAGAGAUCUGUAUUUUUAUCGGAAUUACGAGAUAUUUGAAGAUGGAACCAACUUCCCGGAAAUGAUGAUAGAAUGAAUUAGAAAGAACCUGCCAUCUUCUCAAUGACUUAUGAUUUGAUUUUUGAAGGGUUCAUGUCAAUCAUAUCCUCCCUCCUCUAUUAUUUUUGCUCGUAAACCUCGUUUUUGAGGUGUCACGUGGUUUUAACUUUUAUGACGGCGUAACUCGAACACGUGUUGAUACUGAAGUUAUUGUUAUUAGAUUUUUUCUUUUUUUCAAUUUUCGAAUAAAACUUAAAAUUUU